UCUAACAUUAUUUAUCUUUCUUUUCUAUCCCUCCCAUUAUAGUGGACAUAGAUUUCAACUUUGUAAGCUUUCAAAUUUCCAAACCAAACCAAACCAACAACCAUACCAUUUCAUCAAACACAUAAGCAUAGCCAAAAACCAUAAUGUCACUGAGAACAACCAUCAAACACCUUCACCGCCAUCUCAAACCCCUCACUUUCUCUCGCUCCUUCUCUUCCACGCUCAUUGAGAACAAACAUCAAACACCUUCACUGCAAAACCAGCAAGAUCCAUACUCACUCCUCAAACAAGACCCAAUCGAAAUCUGCUCCUCUCUUUGGUUCAAAACCUUUUCAUCUCCACCAAAUACUUCCUUCCCAAACCUCACGGGCUUCAUCUCCAAGCUCGACCUCUGGGUCCUCGCUUAUCAACGUUCAUCUGCACAUUUCACCGGAACUUUCCCACCACGCAACGCCAUUCACUCUCAAGUCCUCUCCGACCUUCUCUCUCUCCGAAACGCCGUCGUUCGUGGCCAGUUCGUUUGGAACAACAAGACCAAUCAGCUCAUUCGGAGCCCCAAUGAGAAACCCAUCACUAUAUCUCUCUCUAAACGCAAGCUUCAGGCGAUUCUCGAAUCGGAUGAGCCGUGUUUUCAAGACAGGGUCGUUCAGGAGGUCUUGUUGAUGGUGUUGGAGCCGGUUUUUGAGGCCCGGUUCUCGUCGAAGUCGCAUGCUUUUCGGCCUGGUAGGAAUGCGCAUACAGUUAUUCGGACUAUCCGGAGUAACUUCGCUGGGUACUUGUGGUUCUUGAAAGGUGAUGUGAGUGAGAUUUUUGACAAUGUGGAUAGAAAUGUGGUAUUGGGUUGUGUUGAAAAGGCUGUUAAGGAUAAGAAAGUGUUGGGUUUGAUCAAAUCCGCGCUUAGAGCACCUGUUCGGGAAAUAGUUGAAGAUAAAGAAGAGUUUUUGAAAAAGAUGAAGGGGCCUAAGAAAAAGAAGAAGAAGAAGAUUCUCAAUGCAAAUGAGCCGAAGCCAGACCCCUAUUGGUUGAGAAGUUUCUUCAAGUUUGCACCCAAAGAGGCUGCUAAGGUACCCUCGUAUGGUUAUUGUGGAAUUCUUAGUCCUUUACUUGCUAAUGUGUGUCUUAAUGAAUUGGAUCAUUGGAUGGAAGAGAAAAGAAUUGAGUUUUUUAGGCCUUCGAAGCUUGAUUCGAUAUGGAGAGAUUCGAUUAAUGAUGGGUGUCAUAACCCAGCUUGGCCGGAGUUUGUUCCGUCAAGUGGGAGAGAGAAAACUAGAAAAAUGGAUUAUAUACGAUAUGGGGGCCAUUUCUUGAUUGGGGUACGAGGGCCUAGGGAGGAUGCAGUGGAAGUUAGAAAGGAAAUUAUUGAGUUUUGUGAGACUAAAUUUGGGUUAAGGUUGGAUAAUUCAAAGGUGGAGAUAGAACACAUUACUAGGGGUAUUCAGUUCUUGGACCAUAUAAUAUCUCGGAGGGUGAUACACCCAACACUUCGUUACACGGCCAGUGGAGGUAAUAUUGUGAGUGAAAAGGGUGUAGGCACUUUGCUUUCGGUUACUGCUAGCUUACAACAAUGUAUUAGCCAAUUCAGGCAGCUUGAGUUAGUUAAGGGCGAUAGGGAUCCUGAGCCACUGCCCUGCAAUCCAAUGUUGUAUUCAAGUCAAGCUCAUACAAAUUCCCAGAUGAAUAAGUUCCUUGAGACCAUGGCUGAUUGGUACAGAUAUGCUGAUAAUCGCAAGAAAAUUAUUGGGUUUUGUGCUUAUGUGAUUAGGAGCUCGCUGGCUAAACUUUAUGCUUCGAGGUAUAGACUAAAGUCUCGUGCCAAGGUGUAUAAAAUAGCUUCACGUGAUCUUAGCCGUCCAUUGAGGGAGAGCAGUAACAAUUCAGCACCUGAAUAUUCAGAUCUUUUGAGGAUGGGACUUGUAGAUGCUAUUGAAGGCGUUCAGUUUUCUCACAUGUCUAUGAUUCCCUCUUGUGAUUACACUCCAUUUCCAAGGAACUGGAUCCCUGAUCAUGAGAAGGUGUUGCUUGAGUAUAUUAGACUGCAAGACCCAAAAUAUUUCUGUGACUUGCAUAGAUCAAUAAAGCGACAAGGUUUAAGCUUGCCUCAAGAUGAGAUAUCUGACAUUGUGUGGGACUAUAAAACACUCGGAAUUUGGAACCGUUUGUCCAAUGAUGAAAACAAAACAAACAGUGAUUCAGGGAAGGUGGAUGGGGUACUGUGAAUGAAUUCUGUUAUGGAAUUAGAGAGGUAAAUUUAAAUAUUUUGAAACUCAGCAUAAUGGAAAGUUGGCUAGGAGGUCCUUUUGAAAUGGUCAUGGGUCAUCCUCCAUAUUCAUCACAUACUGGUCUACUGCACACAAUCAGACAUGAGAGCUAUCUGACUAGAUGGCUAAAUUCAUUAUGUGCCAAUUAAUUUUCUUUCAUUAAGAAAGAAUUUUUCCUUAAGAUGAAAGCAGUCAAACUGGGAGUGUUGAGAUGAGACUGGCAACACAAAAAAGGACUGAAUUUGAAACGUUAAUAUUCAUGAGAAGUUCGUGAAUUGGCACUAACUGGGAGCUAGAUCAGAGAAGAUUUUUCUACAUUUUAUUUUCUUGUGUAAUAGAUAUAGAUGACUGCUCUUGAAUGGACUGAUCUGUUAGAAGCUGAAUGUGCUAGUUCUGGUAAAAGAGGAAGGCAAAUAGGCAAUAGACUAGUUGAAAAAACAAACUAGACUUGAUUGCUUAUUAAAUUCAGUAAAAACAAACUAGAAAGACUGAAAAAGGUAAAUGGCGACAGGAUUUUGGUUGGAAGCUGUAAUUGGUUCAGCCUCAUGGGAGGGAUUAUGUUGAUAAAGUGAGUAAGCCUUGAGCAGAUCCUUCUGUUGGAGUCUUUUUACUCUGGAAAGUUAUCAUUCUCAGAAAAAUAUCUUCUAAUAGAAAUAACAAACAGUUUCACAUGCGAUUAUAAGGUUUUCCCUGAUCCAGAAGAACUGGUUUACAGGUUACUUUUCUUUCCUAUAAAUAUUUGCCAAAUCUUCAACUUGAUGUACAGCCCAUACUUGCUUAAGAAUGUUUAUGUGAAUGGCUGACUGAUUGAAGAACUCUGCCCACGGGUCUCUGGGGCUAUAAUUAUUUCCCUUUCAAUAAAGUAUGUGGUAGAUGAAGUGGUGUGGACUACAUGAAGUGAUUUUUGAGUUUCGUAGUGAGUGUAUAGCAUGACGAAUCAGAUGAAGGAAUUGUACAAAAUAACGGCUAUUCUCUAGUGUGAAUAAUACUUUAUAUCCUGGGAUAGUAUAUAUUGGCAAAUGAAACCACCUCAUGUAAAUUUUGUAUUGAACAUUCCAUGUAAUGCUCUGGAUAGUGGGAUUUGUAUAUGUAUCCUCAUGAUGAUAUUAGACUGUUUUGGCAUUAAAUAUCUGUGUUCAUUUAUAAUGUUACAAUGUUUAACGAAACAUGCAGGUUUGGGUAGAUCAAAACUGUUGCUAACCCUGCUUAGAGAAGAUUUUGGUAAACAUUAGCAUCUCUGGCUUUAGUGCUGGUAGAGCAUGAUAUCUUUUUUGUGUGAAUGUCUAAAUAAAUAAAGUUGGUGGUGCUUAGAGACAUCAGAUUUUAUUUUGAUAUUAUUAAUAUCUACCUCAUUUGGUGGUGCAACAGAAGUCCCUUUCAUUCUUACCUUGUAUAAUCGGCCUACUGCAGCUCAGCUAUCGGAUCAUCCUCUUGUGAUGAGACCUCAAUAUUCCUUUGGCCCUGCUUCUCUUCACUGUAAUGGCAUACAGUCUUAAAGCUUUUGAACACCUUUGAUGUUUGUAUAUAUGUUUUGGUAAACAAGUACCACUGAUCCUGCCACUCACUGCAGUUGUAUGUACCACAAAGUAAAUACGUGUCACUUGGAUUUCAUGAUUAUGGAAAUUGUAGAUAAAUUGGCAAAGAUAUUUGUAGAAUAUUUACUAAGUUGAAAUGUUUGUAGAAUAUUCACUGA